UGCUGCUCCCGGUCACUCCGCGACUCUUCCCUUUCCCUCUCCCCGUUCCUCCCAGCCCACCGAGCCGCCUACUGACCCUUCUCUUCCUGCCCUCGAUGUCCCCUGUCGUGCCCGGAGGUCGCGCCGGCCCCGAGGAACCGUUUCCGUGCCCUCCGGGGUCACCGCGGGGGUCAGACCACCGGAGCCGGGCCGUAGCGCCGUCGCCGCUGCGCUUCCGGGGCAGCCGAGGGGUUUCCUGCGGUGGAUCUGCGGCCGCGGUGCUGCUCCCGGUGCUGCUCCCGGCCCGGCCCGGUCCGGCCCAGCCCGACGCGCCGCCGGGAUGAUCAACGCCAUCCUGGUGUUCAACAACCACGGGAAGCCGAGGCUUGUCCGCUUCUACCAGCACCUGGCGGAAGAGGUCCAGCAGCAGAUCAUCCGGGACACCUUCCACCUGGUGCUGAAGCGGGAUGACCACAUCUGCAACUUCCUGGAGUGCGGCAGCCUGUUUGGCGGCUCAGACUACAAGCUGAUCUACCGGCACUACGCCACGCUGUACUUYGUGUUCUGCGUGGACUCCUCGGAGAGCGAGCUGGGCAUCCUGGACCUCAUCCAGGUGUUUGUGGAGACGCUGGACAAGUGCUUUGAGAAUGUCUGUGARCUGGACCUCAUCUUCCACAUGGACAAGGUCCACCACAUCCUGCAGGAGAUGGUGAUCGGUGGGAUGGUGCUGGAGACCAAUAUGAAUGAGAUUGUGGCGCAGGUGGAGGCCCAGAGCAAGCUGGAGAAGGCAGAGGGAGGCCUCUCAGCUGCUCCUUCCCGYGCUGUGUCGGCCGUGAAGAACAUCAACCUGCCCGAGAUCCCCCGCAACAUCAACAUCGGGGACAUCAACAUCAAAGUGCCCAAUCUGUCGCAGUUCAUGUGAGCAGCCCAAAGUGGGGGCUGCCCACUAAGCAGAGCUGGGGUCCCCAGCUCCUCCCGUGGCUCUGCCCAUGUGGCACAYGGGAGCCGGUGGUGCCAGUGUGCCCAGGCUGGUCGAGGCUAGGGAAUAGUGAUGGGGCUUAGAGAACAGGGUGGGGGGGUCCAUCACCCUGGACCUGGGCUCAGUUCUGCUCUCUGGUCCCCCAGCAAGGAGGAUGCCUUUCCUUCCCCUCCCUCCCGGCAGACAUGCAGCCUCUCCUUGUGGGGAAGAGCUGGCUCCUGCCUCUCCCGAGAUUCUUGGGAUUCCCAGUGGUGAAAAUGUGUCUGUAGUGAUCAGGAGCUGCAGGUUGUCUCCUCCAUCCUCCCAGCCCUGGCUGUCCCUUGCCCUGGUCCUGCUCUCUGUGAUGGGCCCCAGCUGGGUGGGGGUCACUCAUGGGAGCUGCUAUGUGCCCUGGGGACGGUGCGAGUGGGACCUGCUGGAGUGGGGAUGUGGCAGUGAGAGGGAUGGGAGCUGAGUGAUGUGGGGGACGGGCAGGUGGUGGCUUGCAGGGUCAGAACGGGCUGGGUCUGCUGGAGUGUGUCCCUGUGUCCCAAUAAACCACUCG